GUACAUAUGAUGAUGAUGAGAGAGAGUCCGGACAGUGACCCACACAAGGAAUAUUUCAAGGGUCGCGUGGGGGGUGUGCGUGCACCCAGACCCAGAGUAGUGAGGUUGGACUGAAGCUCAAGUCACAGCUGCGCGCUAGUAGCUUGCUAGAGAGACAGAGACCAAUGAGACCAGCCGGCCGGCCUCUCUUCUUCUAGCUCUUUCUCUUCCCUUCUUCUCUCUUGCUUUCCAUAUAUUGCCUUAGCCCCUUCCUGGCUUCCUCCCUCCUCUUAUAGCUGCUAGCUCGAUCUUUAAUUUGUCCAAAUUCAAGACUCUAUGGCUUUCCUCGUGGAGAGGUGUAGCGGCGAGAUGGUGGUGUCGUCGUCGUCCAUGGAGCACAUGGCGGCGGCGGCGAAGCCCGUGCCGGCCCCUUUCCUGACCAAGACGUACCAGCUCGUCGACGAUCCCUGCACGGACCACGUGGUGUCGUGGGGGGAGGACGAGGCCACCUUCGUGGUGUGGCGGCCGCCGGAGUUCGCCAGGGACCUCCUCCCCAACUACUUCAAGCACAACAACUUCUCCAGCUUCGUCAGGCAGCUCAACACCUAUGGUUUCAGGAAGAUAGUGGCUGACAGGUGGGAGUUCGCCAACGAGUUCUUCAGGAAGGGCGCCAAGCACCUCCUGUCGGAGAUCCACCGGAGGAAGUCCUCUUGCUCCUCAUCACAGCCUCUUCCGCCGCCGCCGCCGCAGCCUUACCUCAGCCUCUUCUCGCCACCUCCUCAUCAUCAUCCCCAGCUAGCACAGGGCGCCUACCACCGUUUCCAGGAGGAAGAGGAGUACUCCUCGUCCCCGGCGGACAGCGGCGGCGACUUGUUGGCGACGCUGUCGGAGGACAACCGGCAGCUGCGGCGCCGAAACUCGCUGCUGCUGUCGGAGCUGGCGCACAUGAGGAAGCUCUACAACGACAUCAUCUACUUCCUGCAGAACCACGUCGAGCCCGUGCCGCGGCAGCAGCCGGCCAGCUGCUACACUAGGCUGGUGGAGCUCGACCACGCCGGCGGUCCAGUAGUCGUACCGCAGGCGCAGGCGCAGGCUAGGCAGCGCGGAGACGACGAUGCAGCGGUGAAGCUGUUCGGCGUGAGGCUAGACGAUAGCAAGAAAAGGAGGGUGCUUCUGGUAGAAGAAGGUGAUCAUGGUGACCAUGGGGAUGAACACCUGGAAAUUAGUAAUGAGGCGUAGGCUCACCAUUGUGUACAGACUACAGAGGAGAGGUCUCUCAGGUGUGUGUAGUUUCAGGCUAGCUAGCCAGACUAGGCUUCCAUUUUGUGUGUGGCUUAAUAAUUUGAGCGGAACGAGUGUUAGUACUUAGUAGUAGAGUAGUAGACUAGUGUCUAGUGGUGCCAGAGUCCUAGCAUGUACUUAGCGUUCUUUGUUCUCGACCUGCAUGGCCUAAAUUUGUUGGCAACUUCUUUCCAAGGUCCUUGAUGAGGUAGGAACGGAAGCGACUGAACAAA